UCUUCUCUCUCUCUCCCCCUUCUCUCUCUCUUUUCCGUAUCCGCCAUUUCGGUUUUUGAACUUAGUUGUCAUCGGUCACUGGAUUGUGGCUGGAAUUCUGUCGUUAAUACGCUUUGCAUGGUUACAGAUGUGGAUCUGACCAUAGUUGAAAUAAGAGUUGUUUUCUUAUUGUGCUUGAGAUUCUGUAUCGGCGGAUUGAUGCCCAAACGACCAGCUGCGGAUGUCGCCUGUUUACUAAACGUGCUCUAGGCGCUAAAGUUUUUGUAUGAGUUGAAGGCUUUGGUUGUGGAUAACGGGAGGGAGAGCAGGGAAGGCCGUUGAAGCCUCAGCUUUGAAGUGGUUAUCAUGGCCGGGAAUUUUGACGCGGAGGACCGUGGCAGUUGGUACUGGGGUCGGUUGAGCAGGCAGGAGGCUGUGUCUCUGUUGCAGGGACAGAGGCACGGUGUUUUUCUGGUCCGGGACUCCAUCACCAGCCCCGGCGACUACGUGCUCUCGGUAUCAGAAAACUCCAAAGUCUCGCAUUAUAUAAUUAACAGCAUCAGCAACAACCGACAGUCCGCUCCAGGUUUGUCGCUUCCGAGGUUCCGUAUUGGUGACCAGGAGUUUGACGCUCUCCCAGGUUUGCUAGAAUUCUAUAAAAUCCACUACUUGGACACCACCACCUUGAUAGAGCCCAUCAGCAAGUCCAAACACACCUCCUUCAUCAGCAUUGGCCCUGGCGGAGGCCCACCCCCACGCCUGGAAGACGAGUAUGUCCGAGCACUUUUUGAUUUUCCUGGCAACGACGAGGAGGAUCUCCCAUUUAGGAAGGGUGAUAUUCUUCGAGUUCUUGAGAAGCCAGAGGAACAGUGGUGGAACGCCCAGAACUCUGAAGGCCGGGCGGGGAUGAUCCCAGUGCCAUAUGUGGAGAAGUACCGACCAGCAUCUCCAAGUUCGGUGGCGGGGCCUGGCAUGCCUGGGGGACCAGCAGGAGGGAUGGGGGUGCUAGGGAACUCUGACAGCUCUAUGGCCCAGCCCGCCACUCCACUGCUGGGAGACCCCAGCCAGUAUGCCCAGCCCACUCCCCUUCCAAAUCUCCAGAAUGGACCUGUCCAUGCCAGGGUCAUACAGAAGAGGGUGCCCAAUGCCUAUGACAAGACUGCCCUGGCUUUAGAGGUGGGCGACAUGGUGAAGGUGACCAAAAUAAACGUGAACGGCCAGUGGGAGGGGGAAUGUAAAGGCAAGCAUGGCCACUUUCCCUUCACACAUGUCAAACUUCUGGACCAGCACAACCCCGAAUACGAACUCAGCUGAGAGCAGUCAUCUGGGCCGCAACCUGGACACUAGUAUUAGACCCUUCCUCACCACUUCUUAUUUCCUUCCCCUUCCACACUCUCACCCACUCCCUCACGACUGCUCCAGCUUAUAUCUGAACCAAGUACAGUUUCAGAGAAUCACUGAGGAAAAAACCAAACUGACCCAUGUAAUGCACACCCUCCAUUUCUACACCUCUGAAUAAGCAUGCCUGCCUUCCUCUGCUACCUGACUGGCAGGGAGAUGGGUCAUAUACUCUACAGUGGAAUACAGAAGAUACACUGCUGUUCUGUGGAUGUGGUUUAGGAUCCCCCCCCCCCCCCCCCCCCCUC